AUGGCGCUCCACCUCCUCUUCGAGUCAGCCUCCGGCUACUCGCUAUUCCACGCUUACGGUCUCGACGAGAUCGGCCAGAACACCGAGGCCGUCCUCGAUCUCACUCGCUUCAGCAAGGUCAUCAAGCUCACCUCUUUUCAUCCUUUCUCCUCCGCGCUCGACGCCCUCAACCAGUGCAACGCCAUAUCUGAAGGGAUUAUGACCGAGGAGUUGAGGAAUUUCUUGGAGAUGAAUCUUCCCAAAGUGAAAGACGGCAAGAAGGCAAAGUUCAGCCUUGGUGUCGCGGAGCCCAAGGUUGGGUCGCAAGUAUUCGAGGUGACUAAGAUUCCUUGCCAGAGCAACGAAUUUGUGCUUGAGCUCCUUCGCGGUGUGCGAUUGCACUUUGAUAGGUUUAUCAAAGACUUAAAGCCUUCCGACUUAGAAAAGGCUCAGCUUGGCCUGGGGCAUAGUUAUAGCAGAGCCAAGGUAAAAUUCAAUGUUAAUCGGGUCGAUAACAUGGUCAUCCAGGCCAUUUUCCUCCUUGAUACCUUGGAUAAGGAUAUUAACUCAUUCUCAAUGAGAGUCAGAGAGUGGUACUCGUGGCAUUUUCCAGAGCUAGCCAAGAUCGUCAAUGACAAUUAUCUGUAUGCCAAAAUUGCAAAGUUUGCGGAGAAUAAAUCUGACCUGUCUGAGAAUCAUAUUCCUGAAUUGUCAGAAUUAGUUGGAGAUGAGGAGAAAGCCAAAGAAAUUGUAGAAGCAGCUAAAGCAUCCAUGGGACAAGAUCUGUCUCCAAUUGACUUGAUUAAUGUUCAGCAAUUUGCUCAGAGGGUUAUUAAUCUUUCUGAAUAUCGGAAGAAGCUCUAUGAGUAUCUUGUUACAAAAAUGAAUGAUAUUGCUCCUAAUCUGGCUUCUCUUAUCGGUGAAGUAGUUGGGGCUCGUUUGAUAUCUCAUGCAGGGAGUCUUUCCAAUCUGGCCAAGUGCCCUUCAUCUACACUCCAGAUACUUGGCACAGAGAAAGCCCUUUUCAGGGCCCUUAAAACUCAAGGAAAUACUCCAAAAUAUGGACUUAUCUUUCAUUCUUCCUUUAUUGGCCGAGCAUCUGCUCGGAACAAGGGUCGUAUAGCACGUUAUCUUGCAAACAGGUGCUCUAUCGUAUCCCGUAUUGACUGCUUCUCUGAGGGGAAUACUUCUGUAUUUGGACAGAAGCUUCGUGAGCAGGUUGAGGAGAGACUUGAUUUCUAUGACAAAGGUGUUGCACCUCGGAAGAAUGUUGAUGUGAUGAAAGAUGCCAUAGAGAGUGUACUGAAUGUCGCCGAGAAGGAUGCUGGUUUUAGAACCAUUCCAUUUUUAGUAUAUACCUUAGACGUCGUUUGCUUUAGAAGAAGAAAAAGCAGAAGUUGGAGGCACAACUAGAGAAUGCUGUCCUGGAUGAGUUGAAUGGUCAUGACAUAGAACAGAAUGGAAACACUAAGAAAAAGAAAAAAAAGAAAUGACGAGCUAGCUAAGGAUGCUGAGGUGCAGAAUGGGACAGAAGGAAAGAAGAAGAAGAAAAAGAACAAAUUACAAGAUUAGAACAUAUUGAACGCCUAUGAACUCCUCAUGUUUAAUUAUCGCCUCGUGCAUUCUUUAUCACCAAUAUCAUUUUAGAAAGGACUCCUCUAUUCGACUCUACAAGAUUCGUCAAUCUUGGGUCGUUCAUACUG